AUGCCGACUUCGACAGUCGACGGAGCAGGCUUGACCGGCACCUUUCCGCAACGUCUGCGUGCAGUUGGCCAUUACGCCCGCCAGCAAACCCCGGACGAGCAGGACGCCCUCAUCAAGAAGCUCGAAGCUGGCUCGCCGCAAGACCAGUACCUUGCUGGCUUAGCUGCAGUUGCGACGCAGAAUAAGGCCUGGAUCGCGAAGCAUGUCACGGAUAAAACCCCUGGUCUACAGCAUCUGGCCCUCCGAUACUCUCAUCUCGUCGCAGGCAGCGUGAUCGAGGACGCUCUUGCCGGAGAUCCCAGUGACUUCACGAGGAAGGCACUCGUUCGUCAUGGUCUAAGCGGACGCCCCCAACUUGCUGACAAGCUCUUCCCUAUUCUUAGGAAUGCCUGGGGUGAUCACUUUGCUAUCCGAGUCCUCGCGCAUUGCUCCCCGAGUGUAAUUGAGCGACACUUGCCCCAGCUUCUGCCCUCCGCAUCUGUGACUUCGCUCUGGACCUUGCUCGCAAACAAGCACGCCGGUAUUCUCAUGGCCGUGCUAAAGAACAGCCUCGAUGAUGCAGCCGAGUUUGGUAUCAUGCCUUCGACUUGGUGGGGCGAGUUUGGAGUUGCGGUGACCGCGCUUCUCAAGGUCGAUGCUACUUUUGCGCCCAGCGUGUUGGACAUGGUGGACAAGCACAAGCUCGCUGCCUUCCCCCACGUUCUCAACUCUCAGCUGAACACCUUUGCUCGCCAAGAUCCAUCUCGCAUGCUGGAGUAUCUUUCCAGGCCCAACUGGCUGUCGGGCCGCAGUCUCUCUCGCCGUGCUAUGCGCCGCAUCGCCCGCCCCGCUACUGGCACUCCAGCUCUGAUUAAGUAUGCCGAGACGUUCAUCGACGGGGCCUGGGGCUGUCACGCUCUGCUUCAAGCACUCCGACCGCGUGACCGCCUGCCCAUCUAUGAGGCUGUGAAGAUUGACGGCACAGCGUUCUUGGACUAUCUACAACGUCAGGACCAGAUCCGUCUCGCAACGAGCAUGGUCGAGAAGAACAAGCGCUUGCCCGUGAGCCGGUCGAAUGAGCUCUCCGCUGUUUCCUAUUUGGAGCCUUCCGACGCUGCCCCGGCGCUCGAGAAGUUUAUGAUGGUCUCAGACAUGGAAAUUAGAAGGCAUGCGAUUCAGUGCUACGUUAAAAACGCUGCUCGCGCCCGUUCGCCGGACGUCUGGGAUGCUGCACUGGGAAAGCUCUCUACACGCCUUCGCAACCAGCCUCAACCCGUCCGCGAGCCUGUUAUCGACACAAUCUGCGAUGUGUCUCCUCUGACAUGGACCACUACCUCUCUACCGUUCAUCCGCAAGAUUGCCGAGGACGCUCUCGAUGCUCCCGACAUGAGCUCAGUGGUAUCGACUCUCAUCAGCUAUGCGUUGAACACAAUGCGCGAGCGGCCAGAGUUCGAAGCCUGGUGUCUGGAGCUGCUUCAGGCGAUCAACAAGGUGGACCCUGUCUAUCUGUCUGAGAAGGUGCGCCACGGGCAGGUCCUCAAAGUGGUUCAGGCGCUUGAGCCGGACCUGCAGGCAGGCUUGAAGAAGAAGAACUUCAAUCCAAUCUACACAGUGGCGAACUGGACUGGCAAGCGCUUGAAGGAUAUUCCAGAGCUGCAACACAUGCUACAGGACAUCACCGUCCAUGUUGGAGCCGUGAGCUACAACGUCAUGGAAGCCCUGCAAUUGCUAGUCGAUGUCGACAAGUCCUACGCCGUCAAGGCUGUCCAGGACGAGCGCUCUACGCUGGAGUUCGAAAGCGUUGCCAACGUCAUUGCGCGAUACUACCCCGAACUGUUGGACCUUGGAAACCCCCCCAAGGGUCGUUGGCUGGAGGACACCACGGACUGGACGUUCCCAUGCGACGCAUACCUUAGCAAGUUCUGGCCGGAAGAUCAAAUCGCGAUCUUUUUGGAGCAGCUCAAGCGCGAUGUCGAGACCGGCGACACGUGGAACCGUGCGAUGCGUCUUCGUAAGCUGAAGCAUGUUCCCGGUGGUAUCUCCACUGCGAAGGAGUAUACGCAGGACAAGGACACGCGGAUCGCGGAAGCGGCGCUUAGUGUGCUCGCCAGUGACCCGAAGGAGCUGCCUACGCUCCUCAGCUACGCGUCUACCGACUCGGCCCGCGUCGCAAUGUACUGCGCUGGCCGUGCAGCGAAGCAUGUGCCAACAACUGAAUUGCAGCCGAUGUUGAUUGGUGUCCUGAAGGGUGAAAAGACUAAAAUUACGAGCAAGAAGGAAGUCCUGCGGCUGAUCGCUCGCCUGCUGCCCGUGGAAGUCGCUUCCGGGAUCCUGUCGGAGACGGCCAGUGCUCCGAAUGCACACCGCGACGUCAUCACUGCGACCGCGAUUGCCGCCUUGGACUUCCUGCAGAGCAGCCCCGCCGGCAGGGUGAUCGUCGAGGAAACGGCCGCGAAGAACAAGGAGGCGUCCAUGGCCAUCGCUAAGCGCUCUCCUCUGCUUGUCAACGACCGUGCGCGGUACGCCAAGCUGGUCACCUCUCUUGCAAAAGCUGAGGAUGACGAUGUUGCCUCAGCCGUGCUCGGCAACCUGGGAAACUGGGCCUCCUUCGAUCCGUUCGCAUGGACCAUUCUGAAGGACGCGAUCACCAACUUGGACAGGCGCAAGGUGUGGAAAUCGGCGGUGCAGGCGCUCACUGGGCGUGCCAGUGACCCGAAGGGACAGGAGACACUGUGUGAGACGAUCGCUGAGCUGCUUGCUAUGAAGGAGAAACCGGAGGACAACGCGGGAGAAGACUCGGAUUUGCCUGUAUUCCGCCGCGUUCAGGAUAUUGCGCAGCGCCUGUGGUCGCUGACUCGCGCACUGCCCUCGAAAUACGGCCAGGCAACGCGUGCCGUCCUCAAGGUCAUCGAUAACAGCGGCAGCAGGGAUUAUGAGGAGGAGUACUGCGACCUCCUGCUGUCGCUGUGGAAGCUCGAUCACCGUGUGCUCGACAUAGCGAUCGCGCGCCUUGACGGCCGCCCUAUCCUUGCCCAACGCUUUGCGGAGACGAUGCGCAACUGGCUGCAGCCUAGCGAGGCACUGCCGGUGGCAACCAAGCUGGCGAGCGGCGGGUACACGGGCGCGCUCUUUGCAGUUGCGCUGGCCGGUAGAAUGGGACCUAAGUGUCGCUGGGAGAAGGAGUGGAAGGACGUCGUGAAGACCUUGCGUGGGCACGACAGUCCCGAGAUUCGUGACCUCGCACGCCACAUCAAGGCAGUGCAGCAAGACACCAUGUAA